AAAGGAGACUCCUACAACAUUUUAGUGAAAGAGCAAGGAGUGGAAAACAUCCCUUUAGUCUAAAGGUGGAAGGAAAGUAGGCUUCCAUCAUUAAGAACCGUGUGUUAAGUAAAAGACAGAGGUGAUGGAUUGGCUGCUAUGUGCAAAGUUUGGUGCUUUCUAUAUUUUAGUGGUAAGUAACCAGUUUAUAUCUGUUCAAGCUAUAUACAAUAUGGAUAUAAUUUAGAACGGUUAACUUCGUAUUCAUGCCUAGAGUUUUAUUAAAUGGACAUGAUAUCUGGACGGUAACUUGGCUAUAUUUGCCUUUCUAUUACAUUGUUUUGACUGUAAAUGUAGUCCAAUGUAGUUUAGACAUUUACAUAUCACCAUACAGAUGUGUUUCUGAGAUGUAAGUUCUAUGGUCAAGGGUCUUUAUUUUCUGUUUCCUUGUAUUGAUAUUUUAUUCUUGUACUGGUUUUUUAUGUUAUGGCUAUGUGUACCUCCUGGCAAAUGUUACUUGGAAUUAAUAUAAUUAUAUAACUAUACUAUGAACCAAUUAUUGUUCUGGGAGUGAGUUUCAAAUUAUUAGGGCCAUCUGGCACUUUUCUUUUCACCUUCCACAUAUUGUACAAACUACAACUUCAUUAAUAAAUGGCAAUAUCUUUAUAAAACAAUAUCCCAUUGCUCCUUAGUGCGCAAACUAAAAGGCAUGUGCUAUAUAAUCAUGAAAUAGUUAUAUAUUUCAACGCAUAGAAAUUUAUUAUGGUGCUAAUAUUUAGCUGACUGCAAAUGCCCUGUAAUGUUUCCAUCUAUUUUAAUCAAUUAUGCACGCUGUCCAAAUAUUAAGGCAAUUAUUUCACAUGAUAUUUAAUCAUUAGUUAGGGUAAAGAACAUAAUAUCUUUUAGUUUAAAAUAAAUUUCAAAUCAGUAAUGCAGUCCCAGUGGUUGUAUGCAUGCAUUGGUCACUAUAUUAAAUCCAAUAAUAAAUUAAUAUAGGCAAUGUAUGUCUUCCAAACUUUGGCCAAAUGUAUAAUUAACAUCUUUUUAACAAAUUAUUGAAUGUGCAGAAAUAUUACAUUGGUUUUAGUGAUGAUUGUUUCACAUUUUAAGCAUCACUCCAAACUCUUUUUUUUUUGCCUAUUAUGACUAAUCGAGUUAAUAUAAUACAGUAAUUCCUUGAUAGAAAUUACAGUGAAAAUUGGUCAUAGUAAACUUUCCUGUUUGUUUGUUUUGUUUUGUUUACCUGAUAUAAGAACAUAUGGAAAGCUGUUUGUGAAACGUUGCCUUUGAUAGAUGUAUUCUCCAACCCUGAUUUAGUAUUAUGGUACUUUGAAAUAUCUUAGCACAAGCUUCUUAAAUGUCAUACUUCUAUGUGAUACUGGAUAUAGCAAGGCCUGUUGUCUGUACUGAAAAUAUUUUUAAAACAAAAUACAAGGUUAAUGGAAAAAUAAAAGUCUGCAAGCUAAGGGGGUUAUCAAAGCCUUAAAGAUUUAUAUUUAAUGCCUUAGAGAAACACCGUCAAAAUAAGACUUGAUAUAGUCUUUAACUAAGCAUAACUGAAUUCAUGAAAAUAAUGACAGAUAAUUAAACACCAUAAAGAAUUUCAAAAACAUUCAGGAUGUGUAUACAAAUAUAUAAGUGAAAUCAUUUUAAGAUUUCGUUAGGCAUAAGGAUGGGGAAAUUGGUUCGUAUGUUCCUUCAAAUAUUUGUUUCUCUUUUACAAAAGAGUGUGUUGUCAUCUUAAAGUAGGGAUCUUAAAGUAGAAAUAUUCCAAUUUUAUUUCAAUAUUGAUUGGUGACUUAACUGUAGUUUAGAUUAUGUAUUAAUUGGAUUGCAUUAGGAUCCUGAAAUAUAUAGUUCUGAAAAUGCUAAAGACAAGAUGUUUUCUAUCUUGAUUUCGUAAUGUUUGAAUGUUAUAGUUAGAGGAACUACUAUAAUUACUUCUACAUCAAAUUUUCAAAAUAAUGUACAUAUUUAUACGUGACAACUUUUCAGCAACUUAAUACAUUCUUCUGUAGGUUUCAGAGAUUAUUAUUGCUUUUGUCCAUUUUCAAAAUCCACUAAGUAAUGUUCUCAUGAAUACUGAAAACAUGUAGUUAUCGAUUUCCUUCAAAUUCCAAUAUUUAAACUGGGUACAAAACUCAACAUGUCUUCUGAAUGCAGACUCGAUUCUAAUGACCUGUUGUGAUUACAUGUUAUCUAUGUGGCCAUGUGCAAGCUCUAUUGACCAUUUUAAGUUUUGCCAAAAUUGUGGCCUUGAACUAAACCAUUAAACAUAUAUGUGUUACAAAAUGUAAAAAAAUGUUUAGUACAUUUAGCUAAUUAGCUUGUAUAUUAACAAAUUUUUAACUAAUUAUUACCAUUAUAUAGUCAAAUCUGAAUGCUUUAUGGAAUAAAGAAGGAUUUUUUUCCUUGAAUGUGGUAGACCACUUCUCAGUCGGUUUUCAACCAUCUUUUGGAUUGAAUUUAAUUGACCUGAGAGGUUUUUUUUUAAUUCAGAUUAAUAUGUAACUAUAUUAACAGAAUACAAAGGCAUUAAAAGUAUUACCAUGUACCUAAUAGAAUCACUUAUAACUGGCAAUAAUAUUGUAAAUGUUCACAGAGAUCAUUAAUUAUACAAAUGUAAUAAUCUGUAUGAUGAUUAAAAAAACUUUGCCCCAGGAUUAAACUCUGUAAUAACCUAUUUUUUUGUAAUUAUAGAUUAGAUUAGUGAUUCAUGUGUUUCUAAGCCAUUGCCUUUCACGAGUCAGUAGGCCAAUGUUCUACCAUUUGUAGGCUGCAGUUUAAGAAAAUGUAGUUCAAGAAAGUUUCAGUUUAUUCAGUAAGAAAUCUAGCUUUUAAAAUAUGUCACUUAUUUCUCUGUAAGACUUUUUGUACAAUGAAACUGGAUGUUUUUAGGGAUUAGGAAAGAAGAUGUUGAAAUCACUGGGCAUGUUUAGAGCUGAUGUGAGUUACACCCAAAAGUAUUAUUAAUAAUUACUGCAUUUUUUAUUUAAAUAUCACAUGAGAAAAGGAAGUUGGGAUAUGCUGUAAAGCAACUAUAAAACAUUUUAUGAUGGUGAUGCAGAUAAUAUAUCUAUAAAAUUUUACAGAAAAUAGACAUCAUAAAACAACUACUAAAUGUUAAAAGAAAAGACAGAAAAAUCUUAAAUGUUUUAGAGUUUCCAAAAUCCCCGUGUGCUAUACAUAAGGAAAAGUAAGGGCUACUUUUUAAUGUAUAACCUGUAGGUUGACAAAAGUUGACAAAAGGUGGAGUAUUAGUCAAGCUCCAUGGCCUAGUUCUUUACUCACCUGCCUCCAUCAUUGCAUCCAUUCAGUGAGCAGUGUGUCAUGGAUCCUCUGCGUUGAUUCUUGUGCGAUCAUGAGAAUCAAGGCAGGUCCAUCGGUGUACUAGGCAGGUGCAAGAUUUCAUGUGAAUGCUCUAGCAAGGGCAGAAGAUGGGAUUUCAAACUUAAAAUGACCAGGUGGGACCAGCACAACAUUAAAAAAAGUUGCACCAGUCCUAAGGCCAAGACAGUUUGUGGGAUGAUUCAAAACCAAAGCAAAACUGAGGGAUUAGUAUGGUGAUAGAGCCCCUUUAAAAACUAAUAUUACAAUUGUAAUUCAGACAAUUUAAAUAUAUUUUCCAACUCUUUAACUUUUGGUCUAAAUUUGCAAUUCAAUUCUCAACUCAGCAAAACUUGCUUCUUUGAAUGUAUUUAGGUAUCUCUUUCUAAAUUUGGCAAAAUUAAUCUAGAGAGAUGACAGGCCACGUGAUAAAUUCCAAUCUAAUAAUUUGCAAGGAAGUCCAACUUUUGGGUAUGGAAAUAAGCUAUAUAUAGAAGCAGAAGUUUGGUUUUCAUUUUUUUUUUAUAUAUCCUAGUGUUUGCAUUCCCAAAAGCAUGUAACCAUGUCCUUCUUAAUACCUCUUAACCGUCACACAUACAUCAGGGAGGGUUUCCUGUUUCACAUGUGAGUAUAUAUAAUAGCACUGGAUUAAUGAUUCUCUAUGAGAGGCAUUGUUGGUGCAUUCCCAUGAUUCUCAGUGAGAAGAAUCUGAUUGGACACAAGUCAUCAAUAAUGAUGACUUCAAAUCAAGUGGUUUGAGCUGCAGUGAGUAGACUCUCCUAGCACUGAAAUAAAGAUGAAUUUAGUUGACUUUAACCCUUUAAUUGCCAAAAUGGGGGGACAGUCUGAAUGUUUUAAUUCUGCAAAAUAAAUAGAUAUAGGGUGUACACAGGGCACACAUUUAGAGCAGAAUGAAAGUUAUGUAAGAAUUCAAAACGUUUCUGCAAUUUCUUAAUAAAACUAAUCACUCUAUGGUUGUUUUGGGGUUUGCAUUUAUUAAAUUCUAUCAAAACAGUGCAUUUCAGAUGACGAUUCUUUUGUAGUGAUGCUGUAGUGGCAAUCCACUACACAGUUUCUGAGGUACUCUGGGUUUGUGGGAUUUAGCAUAUGGAGAUUCUUAGAGUUAAGGGUUACUUGUGGUUAAAGUACUUACAUUAAAGUGAGCCAGGGAGUCAUAUGGCACUUGCAAUAAAGAUGCAUUACACUGUAACACCUACCAUUCCAAGCCAGAAUAACUGAGAGUAAUAUGAAUUUCAGUCCACAGUCUCCUAUGUUGCCAAGAGUUGUAGGAUCCUUUAUAUACACUUCUGUAAAUGUUACUUUAAUGCCACUGUUAAUGUUUGACUUCAUUCCCUUCAUAGCUUUGCUAUAACGACUUCUGAAAUGUAUAUUGAUUCUUCAAAGGUGAAUUGUUGCAUCCUGUAUGUGCAAUAUACAGAAUCACUGCUGGGAGUGGCAUUUGAUGUUUCUAAAAUCUAUUUUUUAAGAAAGCAGCUACUAGCUUUCCCACAUACCCAGAGUAUGCCGAUGUGAUUACAUAUUAGUUUUAUCGAAAGUAGUUAUUGUCAGUUAGCUUUGACAAAAAGCAUGCAACCAAUCUUUACAACACUGAACUUUUUUAUAUAUAAAUCAAAUUGUUUUUCCAAUUUUUGUGGCAUGAUUUCUAGUUUAGCUAAUCUAAUCAUUGUUGGUUACUACAGACCUAUUUGUCUAGUGUAGAGUUAGACUCGCCACAUCUUUAAGGCAGGUACACCCACACCCAAUAUCCCACUUAAGCCUAGCCCCUAACCUUUACUUUAUCUAACCAUAAAUACCGCAACUCGUAACAACUUCCAACUCUAGGCCUAGCAGCAGCAAUAACCAUUGACAUUUUUAAUGGCUUUGCAAUGACGCUCUUGUUUUAACACAGCACCAUUUCAAUAACCUCAAACAAUGCUGAUAUGCAAUAUAUCCAUUGUAAAGUAAUGUUUUAUAUGUAUACCAAUGCAUGUUAGAUGCUUAUAGGAUUUCACUCUACCUUGCAAUGGAGAUGCCCUUCACACAAUUCUAUAACCUCCCUAUGUGGCUAAGCCAAAUAGCACUUCUCACUUCCAAGCCAUCGUGAUCAGAAAGGUCAGUUUUGUUUUAUAUGCUAGUCACAAUCCUCAUGGCAUAUUACUGCUUACAACCCUAACUUUUAUAUAGGCUAUUUCUUUGUCUUAUUGUCAAUGUAUACACAUUGACAUUAUUGUCAAUGUUCCUUCUCUGAGAAUAGAUCCAGCAUAGGCUUCUUUCUCUUCUAGUGAAUUCUAUUACAUAUCUUGGCUUUAGUCAUACUACAUAUAUGCAGAUGAACAUGUGUGACACAUUAAUUAGUGCACUUUGGGUAUGCAAUGUAACGGUAAAGUGCAAUGCACAGCUUUUGAUGCCAGACAAAUAAUAUGGCACACAAAUUCUUAUAGACCUCUCUCUGCUGCCUUUGAUACUGUUGAUACUUUCUAAAGCUCAGUCUUUCUAAAACUGACCUUCUUAUCUUGCAUCUUCCAUUGUCGCUCUCCCUGAAAGUUGUUGAUACAGCCAUUAACCAGUCCUUACAAACUCACUGUCUUGGUGUUCUGAUCGAUUCUGGCCUCACCUGCACCUCAUAUCAAGUCUGUCACUGAGUCCCGCUACUUCCACCUGUCCCUUUCCUAUAAAAGAUGGUGCUAAGAAGAAUGCUCUUGUAAUUUCUCACAUUGACGACUGUAACUUUCACCUAAUUGGUCUCUCCUGAAACCAUACUGUCUUUGUCCAUAAUUAAUUCUGCUGCUAGGCUCAUUCUUCUGUCCUGUCAUGCAUCCCACAAGUCAUCCCUCUGUCAAUCAUUACAUUGGCUUCCUGUACUCUUAUGAACUAUUACAUACAAGGCACUCAACAAGUCUUCCCCUGCAUUUCUUCACUAGUUCAUAGGUACAACCCUUCUCAACCACUUUGCUCUGCUGGUGAACUACUCCUGUCUACUGCUCGUACUAUUAACGAGUGUUUGCUAUGGCAACCCGUGGCAACGUUCUCGCGGAUAGCGAGAACAGAGGGCAUGCUGCUGCUGGAUGUGAAGCAAAUGUGGAGACUCCUGGGCCCCUCUUCAUUGGGCAACCAUACUGUGCCACUGGACAACCAGGGAAUGUUGUGUGUCCCCCCUCCCUGGACACAUGUAAAAGUCAGGGAGUGUUGGGGACACAUACAAACAAUACACACUGCUCACUAUACACUCAUUAUCCAUACACACACUGCAUACACACAAUACACACACACACACACACUGCAAACACACUAUACACACACUCCAUUCACUAUACACACACUGCAUACACUACACACACUGCAUACACCACACACACAUUGCAUACACACUAUACACACACACACACACUGCCUACACUACACAAACACUGCCCACACUACACGCACACAAACUGCAUACACUACACACACACACUGCAUACACUAUACACACGAACUGCAUACACUAUAUACACACACACUGCAUACACUACACACACUGCAUACAGUACACAAACACAUAGACUACACAAACACACACUGCAUACAAUAAACACACACACUUAUACCUGUGUGUCUGUGUAUCUGUAUGUGUGUUUGUAUAUGUAUAUCUGUAUGUGUGUCUAUGUAUCUGUGUGUGUAUCUGUGUGUCAGUGUAUCUGUAUGUGUGUAUCUGUAUGUGUGUCUGUGCCUAUGUGUCUCUGUACAUGUGUGUCAGUGUGUGUCUGUAAGUGUGUGUUUGUAUCUAUAUGUGAGUUUGUAUCUGUGUUUCUUUAUCUGUAUGUGUGUCAGUGUUUGUCUGUAUAUGUUUAUGACUGUGUUCUAUCUAUCUGCAUGUGUAUACCUAUGUGUCUGUGUAUCUGUAUGUCCCAGUGUGUGCAUCUGUGUGUCUAUGUAUCUGCACGUGUGAGACUGUGUGUAUAUUUGAGUAUAUGUGCAUAUAUCUCAGCAUUUCACCAACACUACACAUAAAUAUACUCCUGCAUCCAGAUAUCAACACUACAUAAAAAUGCACACCUGCAUUCAAAUGUCAACACUACAUGCAAACACAACCCUAAAUUCACUUACACAUACUUCAUACAAAAACAUGCCUACAUUAUAAACACACAAACACUGCUCAGUGCUAAAGACAUUUAAAAAGGAAUGCAAACACUGCUCAAUGCUAAAUGCAUUUAAAAAAAAUAAUUUGUGGGUGGUUUUUACAUUUUAAAAUUGGGGGAAGGAGGGAAGAGGGGUGCCAAAUAUAAGAUCUGCCCCGGGUGCCAAAUGCUCCAGGUACACCUCUGCGUGUUUGCACUACUUUUUGUGUGCAGCUCCAUUCUUAUGUAACAGCCUGUCUUCCCCAUCAGACUCUUCCUUACACUUCAAUCCUUUAAGAAGUCCCUUAAAACCCAACUCUUCGGAAUAGACUAUGGACUACCACGGUAGCUGUCAUUACUCUCUCAGCUUAAUUAGUAUGUCAACUCUCGAAUCUCUCACCUUUCGAUUCUGCUAAUUUCCCACACUGUCCCUUGGUUACUAUUCUCCACGCUACCCUUCCUACUGUAUUUUUAUACUCCAUCUACUCUAGAUUGUGCGCUCAUCAAAGCAGUCAUAUUAACCUAGUGCUCCUGCCAAAUUUGCAGUAAUCAUUCUCAUUAGUUGUUAAAUUCCCCCAUUCAAAAUACUGUAAAGUCCUGUGAAAUUAGUUUUUGCUAUAUACCAAUUACAAUGCUCUGGCUUUUUUUUAUUAUUUUCAUUUUUAACUAUUUGUCUUUAUGGCAAUUCAGUGCUAACAACACUGUAAAAAAACAAAAAGACAAUCUUAAUAUGAUGCUAAUACACAUGUAUAAAAAUGUCUGCAGUGCAAGAGUGUUCCUAUAUCAGUCACACGUUCAUGAAAUGAAUUAAAAUUUCGGUCGCUUCUAAGGAUUUUUAAUAUUAUGUUUACCUAUCCUUACAAUUAACAAAAAAAAAAAAAGAAAAUGAAAUGUAGAAACAUAGACAUGUUUAUUUUACAACCCAGCAACUCCAAAUGUUUUCCAUGUCAAUCAUUGUUCCCAGAGCCUGAUUGCCCUGAUCUGACACCCUGCCUUUGGCCCUGGCUAACUUAAUCUGGCUCUGAUUAUUAUAAGCUCUGUUAUAGUCACUCAGUGGGUUAAAUGUUAAUAACCAAUCAUGCACAGGCAAUUGCUCUCACAGACACACAGACAGUCUUACAAACCUCAUAGAUGCACUCAGAAACUGUUAAAGAAGAUCCUUACAUAUAUACUUACAAACUAGCACAAACAGAGUUACAGGCACACUUAACCACUCAGGUGCUUUUACAAACACAAUACCAUUUACAGAAACACUUAGACAUUAUAGGGUUGCAGAUAAUCUCAUUCAAUCUUGCAGUCACAAACAACCUUAAAACAAUCUCACAAGCAAACAAUAAAUCACAAUGCAAUUUAAAAAUAGCUGAACUCCUUUUAAUUAACGCCAACCUUAUCUUAUACAUGUCUGUCUACUGGAGGCUAUUGAAAAUGGAUCACUUUCUGCCUUUGUAAAAUGUCAGAGGCUGGAAUAUGACAAUACAUUUCCCAGCAUCCUCUAGUCUGUGGGUCAGAUAGUCCAAAAAGCAGAGUCUCAAAGAACUAAAAAAUGACAAAAAGUACUAGAGCAUGGACAUGUAGGCUGGGAUACAUGAGACGCAACAGCCAUGCUUUCCAGAACUUUCUGCUGUCUUAACAGUCACCUGAUAGGGUGGUUUUGUGCAUUUCACGCAUACGCAAACAUGGCACCAAGCACAAUCACAUUUGUCAUAUGCUAGGUUGGCUAGGUUUACUUGCUCAGUUUUAGAUAUCAAGAACAUGCAUAGACUUUACAUUUAACAGUUGAGACAGAUCUAUUCAAUUGUUGUCAUUCUAUUCCCAAACUAUCCCUAGUAGAAUAAUACACCAUAUGUCAAGAACUGCAAUAAACCAUUGAAUACAACUCUGGGUGUGCUUUUUAAAAUGAAUUUGAUAUUCUGUCAUCUUCUGCCAUAGAGCUGUCACUCUUUCCAUAACUAGAGUCACUCCUAUCUUAACGUAUCACCUGUCCCAAUCAAGAUUAGAUUGUAUGCUCGCAGGCAGGCAGUUUAAAACUUUUUCUACUGGUUUGUUUAUUUCGGGCUGUUUCUGUUGUAUGUGAUUUAUGCUGUGUUUAGCACUUAUAACUACAGUAUAUAUAUUUUGGUAGCUCAAUGUACUGUAGGCAGAGUGUAUACAAGAUAAGAUACAGCACAACAAUGUGAGGGCAAAGUGCCAAAUAUGAAGGAAUCAAAGAAAGAUGUGGUUUCUUGAGUGAAAGCUCCAAAUAUAGUACUUCGGUCAAACAUAUUCUUCAAAGUCAUAUUGAGAAAUAAAGUUUCCCUGUGGUUCUCAUCUCACUUUGGACACAUUUUGCUAAUAGAUUCAUUCACCAGCUAUUUUAUAUACCAUUCAAAAAGUACUUUAAUACGUACAGUAUGCAGAUUCUCAGCAGAUGUGUCACAACAAAAGGGCACAUUAUUAAAUAUGCUUCCAAACUCAUAAGUAAUUGGAGGCAGCUUAUGUUCCACACCAGUUGUUUUUACUAGCAAAUUAGCUGUUGAAGUGCAUUCAUUGUGGUGGUGGUUAAUCAGAUGGGAGUGGUGGGUGGAACAGAUAUCUUUCUCAUCAUUCAUCAAGCUUCCUUAUAAUUGACGGUUGAUGAAACCUGGGCUCCCAUAAAUUUAGGCACGUCAGCUACAUUUAAUGUCACGGGAGCAUUUAAAAUACCAAUAAUAAAUGUAUCUGAGAAGAGUGAAUAAUAAGGCUGGCGAUAUCUUUACCUCUGUUAUUUGUUGAAAAUCUACACUUUUCUAGAAGUAUUGGAAUUUUUCACUGAUGGAUAGUGUUAAAAAUAAAUAUACAAAAUAGUUAAUCAAAAAAACAGGAUACCUUAAUCUAAAUAAACAACAUCAUAGAACUCAACUGAGAGAGAAGGUAUUUAUAUUGAAUGGGAAAUAAAUAUCACAAGUUCUCCAGAAAUGCCUCAGUGUAGGUAAUGAUGUUUUGUUGGUUUGAACAGGCCCCAUAUUCCUAGAUAGGUUAUAGGUUUAACAAAACCAAUUUAGAGGGAAAUGAUUUUUUGAUUAUAUUUACAGAUUCCUACAUUUAACAAAUAUAUAUUUGGAAUUAAAUAUAAAAAUUCACAACUGUUUAUCCUGCAAAUGCACUUCCACUUAGCUCCCUGUCAACCAUUAUUCUGAGUUCUAGCCUUCCCACCAGGCAGUCAGCAUAAAAAAAGCAUUAAAAAAAAAACAUUAAACAAUGCUUCUACUUCUUGUCUUCAUUUGCAAUAUGUGCCGUGGCUGUGCUUGGACUGAACAAUGUGAUGACAUUUACUAAACUGUUAAUAGAAAUGUAAAAGAAAAUGGAGCAUCAUAUGAAAAAAAGGUUAGCAAUAGGUUCUUGCAUAUGUAAUAUUACUUCCAUAGAUGAGUAAAUCGGACAUGAUCAUUUUUAGAGGUCUAAUAGACACAUGCUAGGUUGUAUUAAUGGACACUUCAUUUAAUAUCUUGUAAUGCACAGUUUAAGAAUGAGAAUGUUCCACAAUGCAUCUCCUCAUGCAAAACGAAACCAUAUAGAUCAAAGAGUUACUCCAACCAUCAUAACUACUACAGCCCCCCCAUGUAUGAGUACCCUGGCGUGGUUCCCCAGAAGCCUGCUGAGAGCUUUAGUGAAUGCAAUGCACUGUAUGGACGUAGCAAGCAUGGAACACUUGUUAUUGCUUGACUAAUGACAACACAGUGACUCUUCAGUAGGUAGUAACAACUCCAGCAGAAAAAAAGGGGUUAAACUUAAGUUAUCAUGGUGCUUGUUGUAACCCUUUAAGCAAAACCAAAUAAACAAAUCCAUUAUUAUUCAUUAAGACAUAUUACACAAUGCAAAAACUCAUCUUGCUUCUAGGUAAACUGAAAGAUGAUUAUCAUAGUGAUAUAAGAUGAUUAUUAUUAUUAUUUUUUAUCUGUAUUGUUUUUCUGCCCAUCCUGAACACUGACAUGGACAAACUUCUUAUUAUUGUUUAGGAGUAACAGAAGGGUUUUCUAAAACAAUUGUCAUCAGAGCUCUCUGUAUUCUGGAUAAAUGCAUUGCUCAAUUAUAUCUUUCCACUUGCUAGCUUUUACCUGAAUCAAUGUAAUAAUGGUCUAGAUAUAACUUGGCCCUGCUGCUAUAAUGCCAGCACGACAGCAGAUUGACCAAAUUAUGUGAACAGGCACUUGCAAACCUUGUAAAAUACAAUCUCAUAAUAACAAUGUAUUUUUUUCCCCAUUGGUUAUAAAGAUGCCAGGGCACAGACUAAUAGACACUCAUAGCAUUACAUUAAAAAAAAUGGCACAUAAUAAUUUUAAAUAACAGAAACUGACUUAAAGUCUUACUGUAGCCUAGCGGAGGUGCAUGGACCACUUCCUUAUGUGAUAGGGGGUCCCUGCACCUAUUACUUCCAUUUAUUAUUAACGUCCAUUCCACUGCCUAUUAGCAGGGAUGCAGGAGAAAGGAGCACUGUCAGUCUUCUUUACUGGCAUGCUUAACCCCUCGCUUUUGCAGCCCCCUCUAUACAUGGGAAAAGGGAGAACAUACACCAGUUGGGCCUAUGCCAGUUAGGCCUUGAUUAUCAGUUCUCCUCCUAAUGGUUUUAUUUCUGGGCUUAUGACAAUAAAGUUUUGACCAUUUGUUACUCUUUAAGAUGGAUGCUGCUAUCCGGCUGUUUCCUUGCUACAAAACUUAUUGUUUAAUGACUUGUAAUUAGCAGAGGUUUUAACAUCUUCUAAUGAGAAGAACAUUAGUGGCACUCAGUUUCCAUGCUAGAUGGUAAAAGUAACAUGUCUCAUCUAGGUGUAAAGACAAAAAGACUGCAAAUUCUCAACAUGUCCUUCAUAUAAAUAUAUAUUUAUAAAUCCAGAUUUCAGUAAGCAGAGUUAACCCUUGCCCUGCUAAGAGAAUCUAGUUCACAAGGUUUUUCUAUAAAUACCUGUAAAAUGUGUUAAGGCAUGUGAGUUUAGCAAUUUGUAAAAUAAAUUACAAGAUAUUUCAGAGUUUCAAAGUAAAUCACAUAAUAACUAAUUUAUCAAUUCUAUUCUUGCUUGAAAAAUCCAUGUUUGGUGAAGCUCUUCUCUCCAGUAAGACUGCUCAUCGAAAUAUAUUUAAUUAAAUAAUAAUCUUUUUUUUUUUUUCUUUACAGAUAUCUUUCCAGUGCAGCUGUCAUUGGGAUGUACAGGUAAUGCAUACACUUUAUUUGCAUAUAUAAAUAAACCUUGUACUAUUUUAUUCUACUUGACAAAGAAAAUUAAGCACGCGCGAUGUCCAAAAUCUGUAAGCCUCAUUGCAGACAUCCUAAGGAGGUGCAACCAUCACAGCUGAUUUUACAUGGCGUUCAACACAUGUUCUUACAUUUUUGGGGAGAUAUUUAACUGGAUGCAAAGCAGGCUGAUUAAUGGAGAGAUGUAAUUGAUUAUUUCGCUUAUUCUGCAAUAUUAUAUUAAGGGAGAAGUUAUAACCAUGUAACCGGAAAUAAUGUGAAUAUUUAAUACAUUUUGUCCUAGGUAAAUCGUGGAAAGAGUGAUAAUGGCACAAUAUCAUGGGAAAAAUUACAGCUUAAAAGGCAAAAACGUGAAUGGAUUGUACCAGCAGUAGUUAUGAGAGAAGGAGAGGAUAACAGACACAGAAACCCAAUUGCAAAGGUAACUUAAAAGAAAACUCAAUUUUUAUAUUUAGCUAGUGAUUACCUACAAAAUAUGCCAAUCAGUGAAGAUGAAAACAUAUUAAUAUGUGUCAAUCUCACCUACAGGUCCACUCAGACAUACAGGAAAUUAAGGCAAAUAUAAGGUACACAGUGUCCGGACCAGGUGUAGAUCAACCUCCAUUUGGCAUAUUUGUGAUGGACCCAAGAAAUGGAAAUUUGAAUGUGACUGGCAUGGCUGUUGAUCGCGAGCAGAUUCCAGUAUUUUUUGUAAGUUUUAUCCACUUUUGUUUUGCUUUUGUAAUGAUACGUUUAUUAUUGGCCUUUAAAGCUGGCAAUUAAUCAUAGACAUGCUAACUGUGUAUAUACAUGUUCAUGUUUUCUAGUAUGUUCGAAUUGUAAGGAUAUGGUUAUUUUUGGGAUUUUUGUUUGUGCACUGCUCCAGGUUAGUUUAUUUCUGUUUGGUCUGAAACAUGCCAAUGUACUUCUGAAGUUGAGUAACCUGGAAAUUUCUGACUGAAAUGCAAGUGGUUCAUUCCACAUAUUUUUUUGUUCUACUCUAACUAACAAAUGCUAUUAACUUGGAAUUUUAAACACUAUCUGACACAUCCAGUUAAAAAAUAUUCUAAAUAACAAACUGAUCAUUGAGUUGUGAAACAUGUUUGGGUUUUUGUUAUAAUGCAUAUUCUAUAUGUAUCUAACAUCUCUAAUGUAUUAUUAAGAUUACUGAAGCCUAUUAGAAACAUGUGGUUUACUUUACAUUGUUUUAUUUAUCUAGCUAACUGUGUAUGCUCAAACUGCUACCGGACAAAAUGUAGAGAAACCUCUUGAGUUGCGGGUCAGAGUAAUGGACAUCAAUGACAACGCACCGAUAUUUUCACAAACUACUUUUGUUGGUUCAGUAGAAGAGCGAUCAAGAGCAAGUACGAUUAAAAAUCUAUUCUUUUUAAUUUUGCAUAGCCGCUUUAAUCGCGUAAAAUGGUUUUAAAAUUGUAUACUUCUAAACAAAAAAAACAAACAGCAUAUUAACCAAUAUGUACAAAAAAUGUAAAAAAAAUAUAUUUUGUAUUUACUUUUCUUUUCUACAGAUACUUUGGUUAUGCAAAUGUUUGCUUCAGAUGCAGAUGAACCAGGCACUUUGAAUUCUCAGAUUGCCUACAAAAUACUUUCCCAGACUCCUGCUCAACCACCUAUGUUUGUUAUGAAUCAGUUCACUGGCGAGCUCUUCACGAUGAGUGAUUAUCUUGAUAGAGAGGUAGAUUUUUUUUGCUUUUAUAUUUAAUUUCUAUAUAAAACUCAAAUGUUUAUGAAAUACAAAUGUUGCUCAAACUUGUUGGGUAUGCUGACAUGACUUUCAGUUAUUAUUCAUUUGUUUUUAUAUCAUCAUGAACAAAUAUGUUGGAUAGAUAGAUAGACAGACGGACAGACAGAGAGACAGACAGACAGACAGAUAUUUUGGGCAGUGCAAAUUAUUUAAUAGCUUUUCUAUUUGUGGAUAAGAUCCAUCAAGCUUAGAUUCUCUCCAUUGUCAUUACAAACUAUAACUCACAUGUGUAUUGAUAAAUAAUCAAUUAAAGGACCACUCUAGGCACCCAGACCACUUUAGCUUAAUGAGGUGGUCUGGGUGCCAGGUCCAACUAGGAUUAACCCUUUUUUUUAUAAACAUAGCAGUUUCAGAGAAACUGCUAUGUUUGUAAAUGGGUUAAUCCUUCCUCCAAUUCCUCUAGUGGCUGUCUCAUUGACAGCCGCUAGAGGCGCUUGCGUGAUUCUCACUGUGAAAAUCACAGGGAGAGCAUGCAAGCGUCCAUAGGAAAGCAUUUUAAAUGCUUUCCUAUGAGACCGGCUGAAUGCGCGUGCAGCUCUUGCCGCGCAUGCGCAUUCAGCCAAAUGGGAGGAACGGAGGAGGAUCGGAGGAGGAGAGCUCCCCGCCCAGCGCUGGAAAAAGAUACGUUUUAACCCCUUUCCUCUCCCCAGAGCCAGGCGGGAGGGGGUCCCUGAGGGUUGGGGCACCCUCAGGGCACUAUAGUGCCAGGAAAACGAGUAUACUAUAGUGGUCCUUUAAUAAAGAAGUAAAAAAUUAAAGAAAGCUUUAUACACCUAGUGUCAUUAAAAGAGCAAUUUAACUUUCUGCCCUCAUUAUGACCUUGGGGUGCCAACAACAAAGUACUUGCAUGUAUGUAAAUACAAAAAGAUAAGUCCUGCGCUCACUCCCAUCACUCCUGGGCAACAGCAAUGACUACAGUACACAUCAGCCCCCAGUACACAUCUCUCCUAAAUCCCUAUGUAUAUUUGGAGGUCAUUUAGUUACUCCAAUGGCCAUUGGAGGGAAUGCCCGUCUGCCAACGUCAAGGCAGACCCCCCUAAAGAGAGAGCACAGGUAACUUUUUUUCUUUGGUUUUUACUUGCCUGUAUGUGUUUAGUUUUUAGGCAAUUCAGAACAAUUUGAUUUUACACAUUUGUAAUUAGUGUUUAUGAUAAGAUCAUGAUCAAUAUAUUUUAAUAUACAUUGGUAUUAAUUUUGAUUAUUAGAAUUUGCAAAGAUAUAGACAAACAGGUUUUAUCAAACAAGUUAGAAACUAUUCUAAGAAACAAUGUGAUCAUUUUGCAACUGAAAUAGCAUCACUUAAGGGUACACUAUAGGGUCAGCAGCACAAUCAUGUAUUCCUGACCCUAUAGUGUUAAAACCACCAUCUAGUCCUCCCCCCCACCCAUCCCCCAAACCUCUUUGCCUCCCUAAAUAUGGUAAAAUCUUACUUGUAUUUAAGUCUGAAGCUGUUGCCUCUGCUUACAACUGACAUCAUCAGAAGUGAUUAUGUGAGCCAAUCACUUUGCUUUCCCAUAAGAUUGGCUGAGACUGUCAAGGAGGCAGAUCAGGGGCAGAGCCACACUGUGCAGGACUGCCCAAGGAAGCACCUCUACCAGCCUUCUGAUGAGUAACCAGUGGAGUUAGCACAAGGCUGUAAUGUAAACAAUGCAUUUUCUCUGAAAAAAACUGUGUUUACUGCAACAAGCCUGAAGUCCUUCAGACUAAAAUUUUAGCUCUGGUUGUUUCUCUGGCAUGGCACUAAUAAUAUUGUAAAUCAUAUGAUGCAAUAUAAUGUUGUUGAAAUUUUUUGGGGUUCAAGAAUGAUAAUCAUUAGUAUUAUUUUUAUGGUAUUACUACUGAUGGAGUAGAUUUUUUUUUAAAUUAAAUAAACUAUGUAGAUUAGUGUUUUAUGUUGGGGAAUUUCAUGUAUUUUUGUGUGGAUUUUAUGCAUUAUAUAAGUAUUGAAUGAUUCAAACCAUGAUUUUCUUUUCUGAAAUAUACACAACUGUUGUAUACAUUAUAUCACUUGUUUUUCUAUUUUAGCAAUUCAGCAGCUAUAGCAUUUCCGUUUUGGCAUCUGAUAUGAAUGGAGGUCCAGGAGGUCUGACAGGACAAUGCAGUUCUAGCAUUCAAAUCCUGGAUGUAAAUGAUAACUUCCCAACACUUGAGUUUGAUUCGGUAAGAAAACUAAAGAUUCUGCCAGUUGAUCCCUAAAUAUUGUUUAUACCAUUAAUCUAUAAGUAAGCAGCUUAUUCUGAGAGUUUAGAAAGUAUAUGCAUAGCAAAUAUCAUACUACCAUUUCCUGAAAGUGGGUCAGCGGUAUAAAAGGAUUUCCAAAAUUCUAGAGCAAUGCACAGAAACGUCCAGCAUCUUUAAAAUACAUUGUUAGGAUUUGGGGAUUUUAAAGAUACUGGGUGUUCCUGUUUGUUGCUACUUAUUGCUUGAUUAUCUGGGGCUACCUUUCUGGGACAUUUGAUCAGUGCGUACUCGGAUAUUACAUUACGUUCAAUUUGAACAGUCUAGUAAAUGGUGAUUUCACAUGCACUCUGGUGCUAUGCUGACUUUGGGAGUGUACUUUGUGGGGUGGGGGGGGUUUAUUGUUAGAUGAUUUGCACUUUGCCAUCAUAAAAUGAAUAUAGCUCAUGUCCCUCAUAAAUGUAAUUUAGCUAUGCAUUUGCACAACUUACCUUAAAGAAAAAUGAGAUAAUGGUCCAGUUGGUUAGACUACAGUGCACCGCAGUGCUCUAAAAUGCAUCCAAACACAUAAGUAAAAAUGAAAAUCCCAAAUAUUUAAAUGGAGAAAAGAUCAGGGCUUCUCAAAACAAAAACAUGUCUCACAAUUACAAAUAGUCUAGGGAUAUAACACAUUCUGCAUACAGGUAGUAUACAGGUAUUGUGCUUGAAUAUUUAUUGAGUUGGCAUCUAAUUCAAAUGUCAGGUUCUGGUUCUUGUUUAUACAUGGUCAAACCUUUUUUUCAUCAAGUCUCAAGUAUUUGCAGCUUCACAUGAAUGGAUCUGUUGCAGACGUUUAUUCAUAGAAAAUCAUUAGAAAGCUCAUACAAUUCAUCUCCUACUCCUCCGUGUACAAGAUCUUGUACAUGUCUGUUUUAAACUAUGGGCAUGGGCCUAUAGUUGCAGUAAUUAUUUCAGAUUGACCUUACAAUUCUUUGAAUGCUAUGCUGUAGAUGUGUUUAAUAAAAUAGGUUUUAUUUCUUUCAGUACUCAGUUGAAUUUAUGGAAAAUAUGAUAGGUACAACCAAUUUAAGGAUAAAAGUAUUUGAUGCUGACGAAAUGUAUUCAGAUAACUGGAUUGCAGUGUAUAACAUUGUCUCAGGAAAUGAAGGAGGCUGGUUUGCAAUAGACACGGACUCUCAAACUAAUGAAGGAAUUCUGAGAAUUGUUAAGGUAAGGCUAUUGAACAAAUACCCGAGAUUAAUGAAUCACUCAUCUUUUGGAAUAAACUCCAUGGUCUGUAUGUUGGAUUACAUGGAACUGUACUAAGGAAUAGAAAAAUAAAUUCAGCUUUUAUUUAACAUAAACAAAGUGUUGGUAUUUGCCUUCUUUUUAAUGUUGAAUUUUUUUCUUUUCACUUCAGUUUUGGUUAAUUAAAUGAAACACCACCAUUGUAUUAACUAGUUUUAGGCAUGUUUAAAACAGAUAGAAGUUUGCCAAAAUGGAAAAACAGAAGGUUCUACCUGUGUGGUCUACUUACAGUUCUUCAAAAUCUAGAAAGUCUCUUCUUUUGCAUCUUUGUUUAUUAUUGCCUUAGUCAACUGCAUUUAAUGGAUCAAAAAUGAUUUUCUGUUUUUUUUUUUUAUUCAGGCCCUAGAUUAUGAAGCUAUGCAGUCCCUUAAUCUUGGUUUUAUGGUGACCAACAAAGCAGCUUUCCAUUCAUCUGUUAUAUCUGAAUUCAGGGCCCAGACAACAAGCAUUGCUGUAAAGGUGCAGAAUGUAGUCGAAGGCCCUGUAUUUGUCCCCUCAGUCAUGAGAAUAACUAUACCAGAAGGCCUUCGUGGACAAGCAUUACUUUCAUAUAUAUUGGCAAGAAUGCAAGCUAUAGAUAUGGACACAGGCAAACCUGCUACAAAUAUUAGGUAAGAGAAUAUCAUAUAAAUGUACAUACUAUCACAAAACAUAUACUGUAUCUAUUCACAUACUCUUGGCUGCCAUAAUGUAAUAAAUAGAGUUAAAUAAAAUAUUAUACCAGUAUGUGUACAGUCUAAAAGCUUGAUUGGUAUGACUACAUUUCUAGGUGUGCAGCAGGGAUCCUUGGAAGAGGAUGUAAGUACUAUAAAAAAACCAUGUUAAUUAAAUAAGACUCUUUUUGUUAAAUAGACUAUAACGAAGACUAUACAGGGUGUCAGUAGGGAUUCAGGAUAGUGGAUUCCAGCAAGGACACCAACACGUACACAAGGACAACAGCAAGACUUUAAGGAUAACAAGAUUUUAGAGUAAUAGUCUAACUUUAGAGUGCCAGCAACAUCCUAGGAAACUUAUCCAUUUUCACAAAAUUGAACAAACCCAAUAGAUCACUUAAGACUGCCUCUAUAGUAUUAGAAUAACCAACAAUGCCAGAGAGCAGUGUUAAUUUAGUUGACUAACAAUUUUCAUUAUGUUUAGUCGACUAAAACCCUCGAGAUUUAGUCGACCAAAAUUAGACUAAAACUAAACAAUUCAGGUAACUAAAAUACAACUAAAACUUAAAUGGCGUUUUAAUCAAAAGACUAUGAAUAAAACUAAAUUGAAAUUUGCCAUUAAAAUUUACAAGGCCAGAGAGCAUCAUGCGAGGCAGAAGAAACUCCAAUCUCCCCCCCACCCCCCCAGCCCCCAUGCCAGACACUUCAUGGGGCAGCUAUAGACUUUGCUUGACCUGAGCGAUUAGUCCCUGACAUUACAUGAGAAAUAAGAUCUGUGAUUAGCUUUCAGUCUCAUCGUUUGUUGUUGUAAACUCAAAAAAAGAUAGCUUUUCUAUAAUGAAUAAUGACUGAAUAUAAUAAUUUUUUAUCCCUGGGAAAGGCACUUUCUCCACUCCUAAAUGGAUAUUUUCAUCUCUGAGAAAAAUGCAACAGCCAGAUCCAUGUAUAGGCUAUACAAGGGGUAGGCAACCUUCGACACUCCAGAUGUUGUGAUUACAUCUCCCAUAAUGCUAUUAGAGCUAUAACGCUGGCAAAGUAUCACAUGAAUUGCAGUCCACAUCUUCUGGAUUGCCAAAGGUUGACUAACCUUGGGCGAGAACAAGUGUAGGCAACCUUUUAGUACUCCAUAUGUUGUGGACCACAUCUCACACAAUGCUCUUACAGCCAUAAUGCUGGCAAAGCAUCAGGGAAGAUGUAGUUCACAACAUGUGGAGUGUUGAAGACUGGAGAGAAUUGAUUAUUUUUACAAGCCUAUUUACUAUAGUCAUAGAAAUGCAUUGAAUAAAUAAAUUAUAUCUAAUGUCCUACAGGGAUAUUUACUUAAGUGAGAAUUGUCAGGCAUACAAAAUUAAGUCAAAGUUGAAUUUUACAUUUAAGGCCAAUAUAGCUGAUUGGGAAGCAUAUCUGACUUUAAGGUUAAACUCUUUUGGCCUUAAAUGUGAAAUUCUCUUAGAACAAUUGUCAUUUGUGUGAAUAACCCUUAUAAUUUUAAAAUUGAACACUUUCAUUCCAUUUUGUUUGUUAUUUAUACGAUAUUACGUCAUUACUAUGCAACAUACCCACAGACUAAUGCUAAUUCUCAGUUGUACAAAAAGCUUAUUGUAAAGAUUAUGUUCACAAAAUUAAAAUGUCAACAUUUAUUUAAACAGGUAUUGGAUAGAGGAUAGAUACAACUGGUUCAUUAUUGAUUCUACUACUGGUGAGGUGAGAUUAAAUCAAGAUAUAACAACAAACACUGGAACAGGAGGAAACUACACUGCAACCAUCUUUGGAGAAAGUCCUGGUAAUAAAAAAAAAAACAAAAAAAACCCAUAAUCAUUCUGAUGCCAUUACUACUAUAUAUGUAACAUUCUUUUUGACAUAAUCUAAUGUUUCACGUUUUGUUUUUUAGAUUUACCAAAUCGACCUGCCAACGCCACAGUUAUCCUUACUAUGCCCAGAGCAAAUGAUAACUGUCCCGUGAUUACUAAUGAAUGGCGCCAAACAUGUACUAAUGUUAUGAGGGUUGAAAUCCGGGCCUACGAUAACGACACAGCCCCAAAUGGUCCUCCUUUUACAUUUAUUUUGCAGCCUACCCCAAAUGAUUGGAGAAUGGAAAGAAUAAACGGUAACUUUUUGAGAUGUUAAUCUACACAGUGUAAAAAGUUUAUGUUAUGCAGAUUUUAAAAUGCACCUGUCAGUUUAAUAUUUUAUAGAGAAUGUGCCAAUAAUAUUAUAUUUUAUUUUUAUGUUAAUGGCUAUGCCAGAGUUAUUACAGAUUGUUGCAGUAGUUAUGGUGUUAUGAGUCUAUGGACAUUGUUUUCUGUCUAAUAAGAGUAGUUAGAGUAGCUUGGGGAAAAAAAUACCCUCGGCACCCGUAGGUCACACUCUCUACAACCACAUUGAUAAUGUGGAAAUGUAAUUUUUGCAAUAUUAGUGUGGCUGAAAUCUAUGAGAGGGUAAUCUAUGAGUGUUGAGAAGAGCUCCAGUUUUUAGUGAACUGUAGUAGUUAUGGUGGUAAUAGUAGUCUUCACAUUUCACUUUGUACCUCUAUGCUUCUGGCUGAAAAUAUAGUUGUUGAACCGAAUACAUGAACUUCCAUUUCCUCCUACAAACAUAACGUUUUUCCUUAUUACAAUGGAAUUACCUUAUUUUUAAAAUUUUAUGAAUGUUAAGGGUAAAAGUCAAUUGCUGAAAAACAUUAAAUGGACUCUAUAUGCAUUAAAACUGGGACACUAUACACAUAAAACUUCUUAAUGAAGUGGUUUUAGUGUAUAGAUCAUGCCCCCUAGUCUCACUGCUCAUUUAUAUUUUAAAGCAAUGUUGUUUCUAUUCAUGCAACCCUAGCCACAUAUUUUCUGCCUGUGCCUCACGCAGCCAGCUUGAAAAAAAAGUUUAAUUUUCAAAUCAGAUUUAUUAUUUAUAAAAUAUUUUACCAGGAAAGAUACAUUGAGAUUCCUCUCGUUUUCAAGUAUGUCCUGGGUCCACAAAACAUUGCAUUGAUGCAAUAGGGUACAAUAAAUACAAAAACAAUAUUAAUACACAAUAUAUACAAAAUUUAACAUAGAACAAGUAGGAACUAUAUAAUCAACCAUGACAUGUUAACUUGCUUUAGAAGUUUGUAUCUCCUGCUUUGUAAAUUGAACUUUAAUUACAAACAGAAUGCUCCUGCAGGGUCCAGAAGGCUAUUAAAAUAGAACAUAGGAAAAAAAAAAAAACUAAAUAAAGCUUGCAAUAAAUGAAGUUUAAACAUUAGAUCUCUCUUUACAGGAAGUGUUUUGGAAGGCUAUCUCACAUCUUCAAGUGUUGCUCUUUCUGUUCCCCAUGGAUGACAUGCCCCAUCAUGUCACAUAGGGCUGCAUAAACAAAGUCAUUUAACUCCUACAUUGCAGAGAAUUGAGCAAUGAGACUGCAGAUGCAUGAUCUAUACACCAAAACUGCAUCAUAAAGCUAAAGUUGUUUUGGUGACUAUAAGGUUGUUGACUCUUCAUGACAUCUUAUUUAUGAUGUCAUGAUGCAGUAUUGCAGAAAGUAAGAAAUUCAGAAGAGUAAGGUAUUUAUACAGUUACUAUGUAUUCCUAAAUAUAUAUAUAUAUUUUAGAUAUAUAAUAGCUUAGCUAGAGUAAAGUUGAAAUAUACAUGUAAACGUUUUUUUAUGUCUGACUGUUACAACGGUCCCUGGUGGGAUUAGCCUGUGUCAGUAAACCAGGUACUAAAAGGUUUAAAAGGUUUAUUUUCUAAACAGCAAUUUGUAGUAAACUGAAAAUCAGACUGAAAAAUGUAGGCAACAGUAGCUGAUUUGAAAACAAAUUAUUCCACUCAGCAAUAGUCACCGAUUGGCUAAUGUAGAUUUCAAUUCAGUUUCCAGUGUUACAAUUCAGUGUUAAGUGAAUAACCCCUAAAUGUUUUUAAGCUGUCAACCAAUUACACACUAUUUCUUCCAUAUUGUGCCAAACUAUUACAAAUGUACACAGGAACGAGAGGUUAAUGAGGACACUGCUCGAAAAAGAUUACACUCUAAAACAUCAAAGGCAAAUAACUAAUGACUGCUUAUAGUUGGUGCUAUAAAGCCAAACAAAAGAGAGAACAGAGCUUUACAGUUAGUACCCACUUAGGUCCAAAACCAGGUCUGAACUGGACUGGAAACAGUCUGAACUAUCAGAAGUCAAACCGUCUUCCCAAUUAAAUAAAAACUUUUACGUGUGUUUCUUGCAAUUUUAGCACCAUAUAAGGGAAUAAUAUGCUACAAUUAGAACACUUCUUCAUCCAGAUCUAUUACAGUUAAAAUAUAUUUUUUAUAUGUUUAAAAUGUCACAAAGUAUAGCAAAAAUACACAAAAUGAAAUAAUAGCCAGCAGUGGAAUAAGAAGACAGCAAAGAUGAGGGUUGCAUUUUGUUAUCAAAGUCUGAGUAGGUGUAAAGUCAUUUUUGGUUUUAAGGUGGGUAUAUGCCUUAAAAACCUUACAUUAUUUCUUACUUACCCAGAGUUUGGUGGCAAAAGCACAGCCAUCACCACUGCCAUUAUCUUAAUCCAAAGUUUCACUUGCCGGGAGCUGAACCAUUGUUGUAUUCUUUUGUAAGAAUCACCCUCACACACAUCACCCUUAUUUUACUUAUGUGAGCUUUCAUUUUUUUUUUUAGAUACGAGUGUGGCUUUGGUAGGAGUUGUCGGAUCAAGCGCCCGUAAUGCCACUUUGAAUAUGAUUGUCAUAGAUAAUGGUAACCGAAGCUGCCCUCAGCCAUUUCCCCUGAGAAUUCAAGUUUGUGACUGUGAACCAACGGGCGCUUGCAUUGCAUCACAAAGGGCAAGCAAGAGUGUAUCAUUAGGUCCAGCUGCCAUUGGUCUUAUGGUGCUUGGAUUCUUGGCACUUUUAUGUAAGUAUCAAUAUGGAUUGUAUUUUUUACCAUUACUUAGAUAUAUAUAGUGCCUCAUACAGCAAAGGAAUUAUGAGACCUGAUUUGAGAGUGACAAAUUAGUGAAGUACCUUGUGACAAUGUGACGGCCAUGCCCACACACCAACACAGGGGAACACAGACAGUGAAACAAAAGGUGUUAAACCAUACAGAGGUCUAGAUUUUAAAAAAGACAAAAUCAUGUAAUUGCAAUGGCACUAUCGUAAUAUAUCUAAAAAAAUGCAACCUGUUUAAUUUGUUUUAUAUUUUGAACUGAUUGCUAUCAAUGCAACAUUUUAUUAUUGAUCAAAAAGACAAACCUUGAAACAAUAGUAUAUGCAUCAAUCAGUUAUGUUGAACAGACCUUAACAAUAUUACUUAAAUUACUCCCAGCUAUUAAAUUCAUACAAGCAUAGGAUGGUGAAUAUAUAUCGGCAUUUAUCAUAAUUUUCAUUGGCAAAUAACACUGGGCACAUAAAAAAAUAGUGGGCUCUAUUCAUUAAAUGCCAUGUCACUUUGCUUAACUCUCUUUAAUGUGACUGAUACGAAUCCUAUGAGGAUCAAGGUAUUCACUCUUAUUUAUGGGUUCACUUUUUAUUUCCAAAUUGAUCUUAUUACUGCAGCAGGGUAAAUAUAUACACAUUUGGCAUCUUUUAACUGGUAAACAAACGCCAGCAGAAUGGUAGUGAAAAUUUGAUUGAAUUACCCAAAGUUACCUUCUAUAGAUAGCUGAAUAGGCUAAAAUCUGGUUAAUAUUGUCAAAUAGUGGUUGCUAAGUGGCAAUAAGCUGCCAUUUGGCUUUUAUUGAAUAAACUUUACAAUUUUAAAAACAGACCAAAUACAAUAUAUAAACACUUCAAGGAAAGUCAAAAAAGAGGAUGGACUUGUAUGGAAGAUCCUUGAGUGCUAUUUUGUCUACUUGCUUUGUUAUUGCUGGGUGAAUAUCAGGGCAGUAAAUGUAAGUUUCUGGUGUGUAUAUAAAUAUAUACAGAAUAUCAGCUUAUUAUUUUGUUUCUGAAUUCCUCUUUCUGUAACAGUGGCUCUACUGCUCUUACCAUUGUGCCUAUGUGGGUCUGCAGCAGCAGCAGCAUCUAGAUUUGUUCCUGUGGCAGCUGGAUAUGAUGGGGCAUGUCGUCCGUGGGGAACCGAAGGAGCCACACCUGAAGAUGUGGUAAACUAUUUUUUAUACUUUUUUAGGCUAUUUAUAUCUUUUAUUUUCUAUUUUCUUUCAGUCCCUACAGAUCCCUCUCGUACUGCCUCUGUGAAAUAACUGGGAAAGUGGCCAAAUGUGUACAAGUGACUAUUCCAAUACAAUGAGAUAUAAUUCAUGUUAAAAAUGCUGGCUUCCAAAUGUCAAUAUUUAAAAUGCACCAUCAUUAGAGGAAAGUUGCACAGUCGCCUUACUAAAAGAGAAUUGCAACAUUUUAGAGAUGUUUAUACCGACAGGUAACAUUACAGCAUCCAGUACUGUGCUGUACCUGGUACACCGGUAAUGAUAUGAGGUAGAGCGGUAGAUUCUGUACAGUUGGUUUAUUGAUAGUUAUGCUACAGUUGGGGGUCAUAGUGUUCUUAUGAACAUACUUGAAAACAUCUAAAUGUAUCUUUCCUGGUAAAAUAUUUUAUUAAAUAAAUAAAUAAUCAGCAUGGAACCACAAAAAAAAAAAACUACUAAAAAAUAACCAAAUAUGUGUCUGGCUCAGGUGUCUGAUGUGAGCACAGCAAUAUUUGGAGUAGAUGACUGGGGAUGCCCUGUGUAUACAAAUACAGAAAUACCUAGUGUGGUUUUACCACUAAAAAGUCAUUUGUGGUGAACCACAAAUCGAAUUUCAAAUUUCAGGCCCAAAACAGUCAAUGAAAAAAUUACUCCAGUUCAACUAUUUUUUUAACUAUUCUCUUGUGACUUACAUUAUGAAGUGUGGUUGUCAAUUCACCAUGAUUCUGUAAAACCACUAAUGUACGAGCUAAUCCCAUUGGCAGUAAAAUAAAAUUAGAUGUAGAGAAGAUUUUCAGUAGGUUCUCAGGUACCCAUUCCCUUCAUGACAGAGACUUUCUUUGCAUAGAAUCCUUGAUUUUGUAUGACAUUACUUAAGCAGGUCCAAAAAUGUCCCUUACCUGAAAAAAAAGGACAAAAUAAGGGGAAAAGAGGGACAUGCUGAAUCACAUGCAAUCUGAGAAUUUUUUGAUACAUUGUGCCUACAUUACAAACAACUUUAGAGAAAGAAAAUUAAUAACACAGAAACAAAUAUGAUAUGAUAUCAUGAGCAAUUGUUUAGGAUAUGAUAUUGUACUGUAUUAAGUACUAUGAAGUAAAUAAAAACACUCAUUAAAAAAAUAGAAAAGAAGUACACUCUCAACAUAAUCAAACAAUGGUAAUCAAAUGCAAGAGCAGGGAUAAAAACUGAGAAAAUGACUACUUGUUAGAUUCACUUUAACAGUGUAACAUCUAAUAUACAAAGGAGUAGCUCAUCACUGUAUCCAAAUGUUCUUUACAAAUGUGUCAAAAAUCCCCGAAGUCCUUCCUCAAUGGGAAGUAAAACUUGCUCCGGGCAAUGGGUGAUAAACGGUUUUAUAGUCAAUGCAGAUUUAAUUAGACAUCAAUCAGGUGCCUCAUGCAGAGUGAAGCAAUAAAGAGUUAAGAGAAGCAUCCGUUACCUUGGGUCCACAGUUCCUUCCGAUGCUGGUAUUCGAAACCCCUGCUCUAUAAACAGUAUUUGAUUGAAGCGACUCUAACUCAGUUCUAAUAAGGAAGAACUCGGUUCUUCUGUCAGGAAGAUAGUCACUAAUGGUGUGCUAAUCAAGAAAUGGAAACAUAGCAAUGUCUACAUUCUCAGGUUAAAACUAAAAGGCCACUGAACCCUGACCGCUUUAUUGAGAUAAAGUGGUCAGGAUGCCUUUAGUGGUCCUUUAACACUUUAAACCAUUUAAGAAUGUUAGGUAAAUUAUGUUACUAACUACUAAUUUGCGCUUGUAACAAUGUGUUUCUUUUUGUUUUGUAUGUUUAUAGGAUAUGACUACCACUCUUAUAACUUCUGGUGGUCCAGAAUACCCAGGUAAGUGAAGUAUCUAAAAUAGAGCUUUAAUAUUUUUGGAUAAAAUUUUAAAAUUAUUUUAAAAGGUUCAAAAUAUUAAAAUAGCAUUACUUAUAUAUAAAAUAUCAAUAUACGAAAAUGUCUAAAUAUUAAAACAUUUCACAAUAUAUCAAAUUAUUUUAAAAGUCUAUAAAAAUAAUAUUAAAUCAAGGCCAUCAUUAUAUUGCUUUUGAGCAAGAUCUUGGCAUUAAAAUGAUUAUGUAAUAUGUCUAUCUUGGCACACUCUGCCACUAUGCUCAAACGGUCAGGUUUAGGCUAUAUUUGAUUUGUGGCGUCUGAAGCUGGUGAAGGAUUGGUUAGAGAGAUACUAAUCAAUCUGGUUGACUGUGUGAGCUCCUAAUUUAGAAUGAUCAAGUGUGAAUAUUUAUAUGGUUUGCUAAACAUAAUAUGGGUUUAUGUGACAUAUCCUUAUCUAUAAAGAUAUUUAAAGCAUGGAUUGUAACGUGGAUCAACUAACAAACCAAAGUACCCACUAUAGUAUUGACAAUAUGUGGGUCCAUCUAGCAGCACCUUAGAGCUGAUGCUGGGGUUAUAUGCAAGGUAGGGGACAUGAAAGGGUGAUACAUGAGCACAGACUUGGAGGACCCAAAUGACCAACAUCAUACCACUAAUAUAAUUCAUUGUAAGCUAUAUCCAUAAUCUGUUUUUGUUUUUUACUUUUCAGAAGUAUUUACAACUAACACCCUGGUUGGAGUUGGCACUGGAGGAGGAGGUGGAGGACAAAGUGGAGGAGGACUAGGAGUAGUAAGAGCAGGAGGAGCAGGAGGAGCAGGAGGAGUAGGAGGAGGAGGAGGAGUAGGAGGAGGAGGAAGAGUAAGCACAGGAAAUGAAACCUAUGUAACUGGAGGAGCACGAGACAUAUAUGACGAGAGAAUGAUGGGAGGGAGUAACAUAGACGAAUCACUUGCUGGAGUUCUUUACCCAAAUGGUGGCCCUGUCAACAUGGCAUAUGUUGAAAAUUAUUUUGCCGAGGUAAAAACAUAUUCAUUAAAAUGUAUUUCAAACUAUAAUAAUAAAUAUUAUAUAAUAAAUGUACUUAUCCUGCUACUCAAAUUGUAUGCUUAUUUUGUAUUAUAAAUUGAUGUUUAAACAUUAUCCUGUUGCAGUGUUUUGAAAAAAUAAUCUAAUAAUUAAACAAUGUUAAAUUUGCAAUAUUUAAAAAAAAAAUAACAUUUAUUACAAUUCUUGUUUUAGAAAGCAGAUGCAUAUGGCAAUGAAGAUGAGAGUCGACCUGCAAAUGAUUGCCUGCUUAUUUAUGAUAAUGAAGGGAUCGGAAGCCUUGCUGGAUCUAUUGGUUGUUGUAGUUUCAUUGCAGAUGACUUGGAUGAUGAUUAUUUGGACACUUUAGGGCCAAAAUUUAGAACCCUUGCUGAAUUAUGCAUUGGUCAAGAAAUUGGACCAGGGUUAAGUGAGGAAGAGCCAAAGGUAUUUAUUAAUGUUCCAGUAAUCGAAACGGAUACCACUUUAAGGUCAGAAAAUUCUACUUUGGUUACCCGUGGAAGUACUUCUGUGCCUGCAAGUAACACUACUUAUGUAACUGAAAGCACAUACUCAUCUUCCAACCUUCAACCUGCUAGGCCUAUACCAGAUUCAUUUAUUCCUGGUAAUGUACUAGUAACUGAGACCUACACAACAACUGGUGCCUCUAUGCAACCUCCCACAUAUAUUGUUGAACCAAGGCAUCAGCCUGGAAUUGUGGUAACAGAAAGAGUUGUUAGACCUACUUCCGUAGUGCGAGAGAUACCAAGUGGCUCAAAUGUAAUUGUGACUGAAAGGGUUAUGCGUCCUGUUUCUGUAGCACAUGAACUUCGAGAUUUGCCCAAUCUAGUAGAAAGCUCAGAUGUUGUACUUAGUGAGAGAGUACUAGGUUCUAGCAAUGCAAGAAUGUCCAACGCAUUCAGCUUCCAAGAUAUAAGUGAAGCACAGAAUGUUGUUGUUACAGAGAGGUUCGUACAGCCUGCCUCCAAUGCUCAAAGUAAUUUUAGCUUUCAACCUGAUAUGAGUAGAGGCCAAAAUUUAAUUGUAACAGAAAAAACUGUAAUGUCUGGUUCAGGCAUGCAAAAUCACAUGUUGAGCGCUGAGCCCUUGCUAACACAGGCCAUUGGCUCUACAUCCCCAAGUCUAACACGCAGUAAGGUGACAAAGUAUAGCACAGUUGAAUACACCAAGUAAUAAAGCAUUUAGUAUGGUUAUCUAUGGAUUUGAAUAAAUAAAGUUCCCAUAUUCAUGUAUAUAAUUUGAUUAUAUAUAUAUAUCUAUAUAGAUAUAUAUAGAGAUAUAUAGAUAUAUAUCUAUAUAGAUAGAUAGAUAGAUAUAUCAAAUAUUCGGCAUUGAUGGCUUUAAUAUAUCUAUAUGGCUUUUCAUCUAUGUAGUCCAACUCUAUCCAGUAUAGAGUAUAGUGUUGAUUUGUCUUAAAGCAAAGUCAUUAACUCCAUUUAAAGAAAAACUAGACCAUGUGAUAGCUAUAUUGAUCUAUAGAUAAAGAUAUCACAGGGGAUGGAUGGAUGGAUAGAUAGAGUGAAAGGCAGACAGACGGACUGAUAGACAGAUAAAAAUAAAUUUUUAAAAGAAAAAUUAAGAGAAGUCGUUCUUUUUCAUUGACAUGAACUAUAAUUUGACAGGAACUUAAAUUUGAUUUCUGUACAAUAUGUAAAAUAAAAUUGUUAUACUCUGUUGUAAAUAUUAAAGAGGUACCAUACUGGUUUAACCUUCAGAAAAUUAUUCAGACAAAGAUGUUCAUAGUUUUACUUAGCUUUAGGUGUCUUAUGAGCAGUGUGUAUUAGUUGUGUCUACUCUCAUUAGACAUAUAUGUGUAUGCUAAGAAUAUAUUAGAUUGUAUAUAUAUAUUGUGAAUGAUAUAUAUAUAUAUACACACGAGUUUGGCCCAUUUGAUAUAAAGCAUGAAGAACAAAAUCAAGCUACAUUUAUUAAAUUUAAACAGGGUUUUUCACAAAAUUAAUUAUUUGGAAUUCAAAAUGGAUUUCAAAUGUUAGACCAAAAUAAGGAAACUGAAAACAAAUGACAUGGAUAUUUUUUCCCAGUUAUGUUAUUUUGGACUAACAUUUGAAACUUACUUUGAAUACACUUCAAUUUUUAUGAUUACUCACACUUCAAUGAAUAAACUCCAAACCUUUUUUUGUCACAUCUAUUGAGAAUAUUGGUGAAGGGACAGUGGUUUUAUGUUCAGUAUGCCAAUCCCUUGAAAAAAUUCCACUUCUGCUUUCAACAGUAUUCAUUUAUGCAUUCUCAUAUUUAGCACAGAAGAGUGUUCUUUUUUUCUUGUUUUGUAUAUAGGGAUUCUAUUUGAAGAAUCACCAUAAAUUAUGUAAAUAAUAGACUCCCUGGUGUUAUCACAAUUGCUUGAAAAAAAAAAUAUCUAAAGCAUUUUUAACUUUUGUUAGGAAAUUAGUAGUCUAGAUUGGCCAACUGAUUUGUAUCUGCCGUCCAUGUCUAUUUUUCUAUGUUUAAGUGCCAAUGGGGGAACUUGAUAUGCUGGCAGCCAUAUAGUUAGAUGUAUGUGCCAUGCCCAUUCACAAUUCUCAUAAAAGGCAGAAAUUCACACAAUACUUUUUUCCAUAUUUUUUUUAUCUAUAUCACAUGAAUUCCUAUGUUUAAACCAACUGUUAAGUGCCCCCAUCAGAUAUCGAUAUAACAAACACGAGUACACUACUUAUGGUUCCAUGAAACCAAAUGUGAAUAUAUAUAUCUUUUAAGGCAAUAACAUAAACAUUAUAUACAGUGCUUCAACCAGGGAAUUAUAGUUCAUGAAGAAUCAAGAGUUUUAUAAAACAAAAAAAUUAUAUAUAUAUAUAUAUAUAUAUAUAUAUAUAAAUAUCUAAAACACACAAAAAAAGGUUUCAUUAUGCACAAAAAUGUUAUGAGUUGUAUGAAAAAGAAUUUCACCCGAUAUAUUAUAUUGCAAAGCCCUUUGAGAUUUAAUACAUAUAAAUUAUACUUAUAGCAUUACAGCUUGCAAACAAAGUUGCAGUAACAACAUACUGUUGUCGCACCUUUCUGGCAAGUAAAGGCUUAAAUUUUACUUUUCUAUGUAAGGUAUGGUAUAUAUAGCAAAGGCCAAAGAGUGCCUCUCUGCUUUCUGGCAGAUGAAAAUGAUCUGAGUAUUUGUAGGAUCUGAAUAUAUAUAUAUAUAUAUAUUUUUUUUUUUUUUUAAGUAAUAAAACUUGCAAGUAGUUUCAGCCAAAUAUGAAUGUGUCACAUUGGAGGUUUGGCAUCAAGCUUAUUUUUUUUUCUAGGUAUAAACAACACAGCUAAAAAAAAAAAAAAAAAUCUUUAAAAAAAAAUCUAAAAAUAGAAAAGCAUCGGGAUAGUUAUUACUGAAUAUACCCCAAAAUAAUCAUUUGGAAAAUACAUCAUUAAUAAAUCUGUGUCAGACAGAACAAAUCCUGCACUUAAAAAAUGUUGACACAUUCAAGACAGGAACAAAUUAAGAAGUUUUCUUGACUAUUAAAAACAAACAAAAACAGUCUGUAGGCCCCGGAUAGUACUGGGGAACUGUGUACAGUAAACCUGUGAGUUCUCAGAAGGUUUUUCCAUAGAUUUUUGAUGAACCCUACAGUUCAUGCAAUUCACAAAUUAAAAGGAGUAGGGAAUGAAGACAUUAUAGUCUCUAUUCGGUUCAUGUUCCCAUAAGACUACCACUGAUCCAUCUGACUGCAAAACCAUAGAAACCUGAAAAGUGUUGGUAUUCCUUACAUCCAACCUAAAACAUGUUUUCAGAUUACAUUUGAGGAAUACAAAAAUAGAUCCACCUGGAGAAUAACAUAUUUUCUAUGGGUUUGUUUUUUUUGUUUUUAUUUUUUUGCAAUUUAUUAUUUUUGUAUUUGCAUCUAUUAUAUAUUUAUUUUAUUUUACUUUGGGUUUUGCAAUGAGAUAAAUUAUGUUGUAUGUAUGUCACAUUAAGUGUGUUUUGCACUCUACAGCUUUAGAUGUGACUGACAAAAAAAAAACAUGCGCCAAGGUUUAUUGGUUUAUUCGCAACGAUUUUUAGCAUUUUAUGAACUGUAUCCAAAGCAGCUUUUAGAAAAUGUUUAAGUGUGGUUGAGAACAAAGCUUUUCUUUAAGUAUUGAAAAAAACAAUAUGUUUUAUAAGCUCACUGCUUUUAAUUACUUUUUUUCUGGGGUCUAGUAACUAAACAGCUAAUUGUUGUGACUUGCAAUUUCAAUACCAGAGGACAAGAGUUAGAAAAAGAUUAUUUGAAGUCACUGGACUCAUCUAUUUUAUGUUGUAUGUUUCGAGUUAGGUCACAAGUCACUACAAUUCACUGUUUUUUUUAAUAGACCAUGAAGUCUUUUGGUCAUAUUUAGCUAAUGGCUUGUAUGGGGAAAGGAUUUACUAAGUCCUGAAUGUUUUAAAAUAUAGCUUUCCAUUCUUUGCUGUGCAUGUAUCAGCUUCCAAUUAAGGAUCAACCAAAAUAACUGGAAUUUAUACUAAAUUGCACUGAGAAUAACAAAUAAUGCACUGAGAAUGAAGAGUAAAUACCAAAAAAUUAUUUUAUUCUGCAUUUUAAAACUUAUUAAAUCUUCCUCAUUGUGUAAGAAUGCGCUAGGGGAUUUUUGUGUCUUAUCUUUUUUUGUGCCCAUCACAAGAAUUAUCUUUUUACAAUGUAUGCAGGUUAAUAAUGUCUUUUUCACUUAAUCUUCCUAAAACAUAGUUUUUAUUUUGCUAAUUUUAUCUAAAAUAUAUUAUAUUGCAUAGUAACUAGCACAAUACAUCAGUGAACCUGCAUUGUUUUUCAUCAAGCCUUUAUGUUUGGCAAUAUUUUUGUACUUUACAGAGAAUAUUAAUAAAGCACUUUUAAAUAAA